GUAACUUAGUAGUUUCAUACAAUUGUACUAGAUGGCGCUGUUCGUCUUUAGCACGCGAUAUUAAAGUUUUUUUUCCGAUCAAUAUAGGUCUUGAGAAAUAUUUUGUACUUAAGUUUUGCAAGGUUGAAUAAACACCUCAUUUCGUAUUCGUUCGUUUUAUUUUUGGGAGGACCUCAAGUAGGCGGUUCAUGGUCCUCCCGAGCCGGUUCGCGAAAUAGAUAGGUAGUCGUAGUAGAAGUCGUGUGUGUACGUACAGUAGUGCAACAGUGUGGUGUCAAACUCAAGUGACGUUAGCUGUCAGUGUCAGACUCAAGUGACAUUUAAAGUGACGUUAGCUGUCAAACUCAAGUGACAUUUAAAGUGACGUUGGCUGUCAAACUCAAGUGACGUUAGCUGUCAAAGUGAAGUGAAUUAUUAAACUGUGAACUUAAAACUAUCAGUGUUGCCAGUGCAAAUAAAAUACCGAAUUUAGUUAUUUUGGACAAAUAUUCAGUUCCCUUACAAAAAUUAAAUUAACUUGAACUUAGAAUCUAACAGACAGUUUUAAAUACGCAAAAUGGAAAAAAGUGCUGAACAUAGUGUCUAUGAACAAUUAAAAAAAAUACAACUAGGCUUACAAAUACAAAUAGAAAAAACACAUACUAACUUUAAAAAAGUACCUAAAGACCGUUUAUCAUGGAAUUACAUCGAAAUGAAAAUAAACUUACUUGAUCAAUUGUGGGAAAAGUUUCAAAACAAUCAGAUUAAAUUGAUCGAAAACACGGAUAGUGACGAAUCGCAAGAUGACACCAUUUUCAACACAUAUAGCGAAGUCGAAGAUGAGUAUGUGAGCACAAAGGAAACGAUGUUGAAAAAACAGUGUGAAUAUCCACGUCCAACUAAAUCCAACGAUGGAACUGAAAACAAAGAUUCAGAAAUUUCAACACAACAAAUUAAACUUCCUCCAAUACAGAUUCCAAGCUUCGAUGGAAGUUACUAUAACUGGAUUCCAUUUUCUGAUCAGUUUGUUUCACUUGUACAUAACAACAAAUCUCUUAGUAAAGUCAACAAACUACAUUUACUGAAACAAAACUUAAAAGGAGAAGCCGCAACUUUACUUAAACACAUACCUGUCACUGAAGGCAAUUAUGACUCAGCUUGGUUAAAACUGAAGGAGAGAUACAGCAACAAAAGAGUUAUAAUAAAUUCAUAUUUGCAAAGAUUGAUGUCACUUAAAAUUAUAACAACGGAAAAUGCGAUCCCUAUCAAGAAUUUAUUAGACACAACAACGGAAUGUUUGAGCGGAUUAAAAGGCAUCGGAGUAGACACAAGUUCUUGGGACCCAAUGAUAGUUUACCUACUGACAAGCAAGUUAGAUAAUGAAUCCUUAAAAGGUUGGGAACAAGAAAUAAGCAAAUACGAUAACGAGACACUACCAACAUUCGAAGACCUUUCAAAAUACUUAGAGUCAAGAUUUAGAUCACUGGAAAGAAUUCAAUCAACAAAGGGAAACUUACGUACAUAUACAAAACCUACGACUAUAAAUACAGAAAAAAGAGUAUUUUACAAUACGCCUAAAGAGGGUUGUGUACUUUGUGGCGAAGACCACUAUGUUUACAAAUGUCAAGGCUUUAUACAAAUGUCCAUUCAAGACAAGAAAGCAUUUAUUGAGAAGAACAACCUUUGUUUCAAUUGCAUGAUACCUAACCAUGCAGUGAAACAAUGUAAACAAAAGUCAAGAUGUCGCAUUUGUGGAAAACGCCAUCACACGCUCAUUCAUACUGAGUAUCACAACAACAAACCUCCUGAAAAUAACGAACGACAAGACAAUUCAACCCAAGGAUACAAAGAGACACAAAACACACAGACAAAAGAGAGAGAAAACAUAGCAACACAUUACGCAAUGGAAGCUGGAGUCCAACAUACAACUAACAUCUUGUUAGCCACGGCACUUGUCAAGGUGACCGCCGAGAACGGACGUACACUACAACUACGAGCACUUAUCGAUCAAGGGUCUGAAGGAUCAUUCAUCACCGAGAAAGCUGCACAAGACCUGGGUCUUAAAAAACAAUAUGACAGAACAUUCAAACUCCCAGUAAAGGCAUAUGUGCUAAGGUCAUUGACCCGUCUUCUACCGUCAAGACAAGUUGACAUGCAAUGGAAACACAUACAAGGUUUACAACUAGCUGAUCCACAUUACGGCACACCAGCUUCAAUAGAUCUUCUUCUUGGAGCUGAAGUCUACAGUAACAUUAUAUUGGAGGGUGUGAAACCUGGGUCUCAUAAUACACCAUUAGCACAGAAUACUAGACUCGGGUGGAUUUUAUCUGGAGAGAUCAACUUAACUUAUGCCAAUGACUCAAAACAUAACGUAAUCAACAUGCACAUAUCAACACAUCAAGAAGAUAACGACAUUUUACAAAAAUUCUGGGAACUUGAAUCUGGAGACACAUACAAAAACAAAAAACAAUUAACUGAAGAAGAACAAAAAUGCGAGACAAUCUUUGAAGAAACAUACACCAGAGACAGUAAAGGAAGAUACAUAGUUGAGAUUCCAUUUAAACAGAAGAAUUUGGACUAUGGCAACACGAAACAAAUAGCAGAGAAAAGAUUAGAAUACCUAGAGAAGAAACUUGACAAAGACAAGGAACUGAAGACAGAAUACACAAGAGUUUUGAUGGAGUACAUGCAACUGAACCACAUGGAAGAGAUAACCAAUAACGAAAACGAGACCACAUGUAAUUCCUUUUACAUGCCUCAUCACGCUGUGCUAAAACCAGAGAAAACAACAUCUAAACUAAGAAUAGUAUUUGAUGCAUCAUGCAAGGGUCCUAAUGGAAAAUCCCUCAAUGACAACAUGUUAAUUGGCCCUAAACUACAGCAAGAUUUGAGACAAAUUGUUAUGAGAUGGCGUAAACCUGAAAUCGCCUUUACAUCAGACUGUGUUAAAAUGUAUCGUCAAAUUAAAGUAACCAAUGAGAGCGCUAACUAUCAGAAAAUUUUAUGGCGAGUAAACGGUGAAUUAAAGGAAUUUCGACUUACCAGAGUUACAUUUGGCACAGCUUGCGCACCUUAUCUUGCUACAAAAACUCUCCAACAACUAGCAGCAGAUGAAGAAAAGAAUUUCCCCAUAGCUUCUAAAAUUGCAAAAACAGACUUUUACAUGGACGAUCUACUUUCUGGAGCUGACAACUUAGAAGACGCCUUUGAAAUUUAUUCCCAAAUGACAAAUUUAAUGAAUGCUGGAGGAUUUCAAUUGCAAAAAUGGGCAAGUAACAAAUCAGAGUUUGAGGAACAAAUAGAAAAUGGUGAUUCCAAAACAGAUGAAGCGUACAUACUGAAAUCAGAAACUAUUAUAAAAACUUUGGGAAUCAGAUGGAAUAAAAAUACAGACAAAUUUCAGUAUGACAUAAACUUACGACCUCCAACGAAUCAUGUCACAAAAAGAUUUAUUCUUGGUGAAAUAUCACGACUAUUUGACCCGAUGGGAUGGCUGGCUCCGGUUGUUGUGGUAGCUAAAAUAAUCAUACAAAAAUUAUGGUUGGCUAGAGUUACAUGGGACGAAGAUGUUCCAAAAGAUAUAGAGACAGAAUGGUUCAACUUCUGCAAUGACCUGGAACAAGCAAAAAAUAUAUACGUAAAUAGAUGGUUAAACACAAACAACAAUGAUCUAAAGAUAGAAUUGCAUGGUUAUAGUGACGCAUCACAGAGUGCGUACGCAGCAGCCGUUUAUUUACGAGUCGUCAAGGCUGAUGGAACCAUACACGUUCGCCUUAUUACAGCAAAAACUCGAGUCGCCCCAAUCAAGACCGUCUCCAUACCAAGACUCGAAUUAUGUGGUGCUGUACUUUUGACAAAAUUACUACACGAAACAGCUGAAUGCCUUGAUGUAGCUCCUGCUGACAUUCAUGCUUAUACAGACUCGACUAUAGUAUUAGCGUGGCUACAAUGCCACCCUUCAAGAUGGAAGACAUUCAUUGCUAACCGAACCUCUGAAAUAUUAACUGUCCUACCUGCGACAUGUUGGAGCUAUGUAGAGUCGACGCAAAAUCCUGCUGACGUGGCUUCUCGCGGAGCUCCCCCAAGUCAACUCUUGCAAUCUGACUUGUGGUGGUCCGGACCUGAAGAACUUCUGAAAAAAGAUCUUACAUACAAGCAAUUAAAGGAGAACACAACAGACCUGGAAAAGAAAAAAGAAAAGAUUAAUGUUUUCAAAAAUACAAUAACAGAAAAUGAAGACUUUGAUUUACUUCGGAGAUAUUCAAGUUUAACAAAACUAUUACGAGUAACAGCAUACAUACUACGAUUCUUUACCAAGGAAAAACCAAGAGAAAUACAUCUAACAGGAAUAGAAAUAAAUAAAGCCAGAGAAGUAUGUAUAAGAUUAUGUCAAAAAGAAGUGUUUCAAGAUGAAAUUGAAAGAAUAUCUACAAAUAAAAAUGUUAGAAAGGACACUUUCAAGCGCUUCGUUGCUAGGCGAGGAAAAUGCUCAGACAUGUGGAGCGAUAAUGGGACGAAUUUAACAGCUGGAAAUAAAGAACUUAGAAAAUUAUUUGACAAGAGUACCGAAAAUUUGCAAUCAGAAGUGAAGAACAUCCUGGCUAAUGAUGGUACUACAUGGCAUCACAUACCACCUUCAGCUCCGCACUUCGGUGGCCUGUGGGAGGCUGGGGUGAAGUCAAUUAAAUUCCACCUAAAACGUGUUCUUGGAAAUACUACGCUAACAUACGAAGAGAUGUCUACAGUCACUUCACAGAUCGAGGCCUGCUUAAACUCUCGACCAAUAUCUCCAAUGAGUGAUGAUCCUACAGAUUUGUUGCCAUUGACCCCUGGUCACUUUCUUCUGGGUGAAUCUCCAACUAUCGUUCCAGAGGAGAGCUAUUUGGAUUCAAAUAUUAAUCGACUAACGAGAUGGCAGCUAACACAAAGAAUGUUCCAGGAUUUCUGGAAAAGAUGGUCGAGUGAAUAUUUAUCACGGCUGCAACAACGACCUAAAUGGAUGACCAAACAACCGAAUUUUAAGACCGGAGACCUAGUUUUAUUAAGAGACGAUAGUUUACCACCCUCCAAAUGGUCACUAGGAAGAGUAGUAGAAAGCUACCCCGGUGAAGAUAAUUUAGUGAGAGUGAUAUCAGUGAAGUGUAAAAAUUCAAUUGUUAAGAGACCAAUUACCAAAGUGUGUUAUCUUCCAAAUUAG